ACUUCCGCGUUUUAGACCCUCCCGUUAUAACCGUCGUUCCUUUCCCCGAUCAAAAUGUGAACCAACUUUGAACUUCGAAAUCGCGAAGUCUACAAAAACAUAGAAGAGACUCUCCAAAGAUUUUUAAAACAUAGAAAUCACGAUAUAUGGAAAUAAGCCAGGACUUUCAAAUGUAUGAAGCUCGAUACAAAAAAUCAUGACACUUUCUGUAUCAAGAAAAACGUGUUGUCGUGUGUUUUUGAAGUGUACAACACCCACUAAAUCUGGAUACCGCCACAGACAUGGAAUCCGACGUGUUGUCGUAACUGGUCGUGGAGUUGUAUCUUGUCUUGGUGUUGGAGCUGACAUUGUAUGGCAAAGACUUUUGAAAGGUCGCUGUGGUAUUACCUCUCUGGAUGGGAAAGAGUAUGAUGGAAUUCCAUGUAGAGUAGCAGGUUUAAUACCAAGGGGAGAUAAGUCAGGCCAGUUGAAUAUUGAUAAGGUCAUUGAACCAUCCAAACAGAGGACAAUGUCUGAAGGCAGUAUGUAUGUUCUGGUAGCCGCUGAAGAGGCUUUAAAUGAUGCAAGAUGGAAACCAGUCACAGAAGAGGAUAAGAUUAGAACUGGAGUAGCCAUUGGUAUGGGAUUAGUAGGAAUGAAAGAGAUUUACCAGACUAAAGAGAUAAUGAACCAGAAAGGCUACAAGGGAGUUCAUCCACAUUUUUUACCCAAGAUACUUGUCAACAUGGCUGCUGGCAAUGUCAGUGUCAAAUUUGGACUGAAGGGACCAAACCAUGCAGUAUCAACAGCAUGUACCACAGGAUUACAUUCCAUUGGUGAUGCUUGUAGAUUUAUACAGCACGGAGAUGCAGAUGUGAUGAUAGCUGGUGGAACUGAAGAAAGUCCUAAUCCACUAUCUGUUGCAGGCUUCUCCAAGAUGAGAGCACUAAGUACAAGAUAUAAUGACAAUCCUAAACAGGCAUCCAGACCAUUUGACAGGAAACGUGAUGGUUUUAUUAUGUCUGAAGGAGCAGCUGUGCUAGUUUUAGAAGAAAUAUCUCAUGCUUUAAAUAGAGGAGCUACAAUAUAUGCAGAAAUUUUAGGAUAUGGUUUAUCAGGGGAUGGACAUCACAUAACUGCACCUAGUGAAGAUGGCAAUGGGGCUUAUAGAUGUAUGAAUUCAGCAUUAAAUGAUGCUCAAGUAGAAAGUAGUCAGAUUGAAUAUGUUAAUGCACAUGCUACCUCAACACCUUUAGGGGACAUGGCUGAGAGUAAGGCAAUAAUGAAAUGUUUAGGGGGAAACUCAAAUUUAAGAGUUUCCUCUACAAAAGGUGCCACAGGACAUUUACUAGGUGCUGCCGGUAGUAUAGAAACUUUGUUUACUGUGAUGUCGUGUUACUCAGGGAAGGUUCCAGCUACGUUGAAUUUACAUGAACCUGAUACAGGCAUAGAUUUAAAUUAUAUUGCUAAUGACUCAGUGGAUUGGACAUCAAAAUCUUCUAAACGUAUUGCAUUAACUAACUCUUUUGGAUUUGGAGGAACAAAUGGAUGUCUAUGUAUAUCAUCUUUUAUUCAAUAAAAUAGAAUGCUUUUUGA